UACGCGCGAGCGGACGUCUUUCUCUUUUGGUGGCUACUCCGUACCAGCUUAAGCUGCAGCUCCACUUCUCCGGGUGAAAACCGAAAGUGAUCUUACCAAUGUCUGCCGGUGAUCGUUCCUCGCGACUGCUGGCCCUCGUGGCCAUCUUCUUCAGCAGCUACAUUGUUGGUAUCUACAGUGCGGCACGUGCCAGCACUUUGGUCCCGAUGGCGCCAGCGAAAGUGAACGAAACAGUGAUUCCCGGAAAUGAUACAUUCCUGGAGGUGGCCGAUACCAGUCUGGGUCGUAGUGGAUCUCGACAUCCUCGCUGGUUUCCCUUCUACACCAUUGGUCGAUUCUCCAACGACUUGUGCAUCGGGAACAAUCUCCUGAUAGGAACCUGUGUCAUCAACGGAGAGUGCUCCGAUAACAGUGGUGUGGCGGCGGGCAGCUGCUCCUCCAUUACCGCCCAGGCCGUAUGCUGCAUUUACCAAAGAACGUGUGGAGCCAGUACCUCGUACAACAACACGUACUUCUAUAACAGCAAUUAUCCUGCUCCUUAUGCGGGCGGAGGUCGCUGUUCCAUAGUAGUCACCCCGCCGGAUUCUACUAUCUGUCAGAUGAGAGUGGAUUUCCUUUCGCUGUCAUUGGCCCCGCCCUCGGGCGAUGGAUUUUGCAACACGGACGCGCUGACCAUUACCGGAGGAGCCUCCCAGGUGCCGAGCAUCUGCGGGGAGAACGCUGGCCAGCAUGUCUAUGUGGAUUUCAAUGGAGUUAAUCCAAUCACCAUCUCAGUGGCCACCUCCUCCGGAUACACGUUCAACCGCAACUGGCAGUUCCAGAUCCGGAUGCUAAGUUGCAGCUCUCCCACUCUUGCUCCGUCCGGGUGCCUCCAAUACUAUAUGCCCAGCAGUGGGACCUUUUCAAGCUUUAACUACGUCUCGUCAGCCUCCUCGGCGCAGAACUCCAUCGGUGUACCGGGUACCAGGCAGCUGGCGAACACCAAGUACGGAAUCUGCAUCCGCAAGGCGACCGGCAUGUGCUCCAUUACCUACAGCCAGGUCAGUUCGGAUGUGUAUUCCUUUACGCUGACGAACGAUGUGGGUGCAGUGGAUCCAUCCCUGCUGGCCACUUCGUCUGUCCAGAGCCAGGAGUGCACUACGGAUUACAUCGUAAUUCCGGCGCCCACGCAGAGUGGCACUUCCUUAGCAAGCGAUCGUUUCUGUGGAUUGGGCCUGGUGUCCACCACAACGGCGGCGAAACCCUUUGUGGUCUACACAGUCACGGAUGGAAAUGAGGAUCUGGAUAUAUCCAAUAGGGGGUUCUAUAUAUCGUAUUCCCAGAAUGCGUGUCCAAUUUUAUAAUAAUCGCAAAAUAAAAGACUUGAAUUUUUAUUAGAAUAA